CAACAUCGACAAGGCAUGUCACCCACAGAUUCUAGUAUUCACAUCAGUUCCCCCCUUCUUGUCAAACGUCUGUCACAGAAAGCCAAGCUUCCAACGCGUGGCUCGCCACUGGCUGCUGGCUAUGAUCUGUAUAGCGCGGAGAAAAAAAUAGUCCCCGCACACGGGAAAGCACUGAUUGACACACAAAUUUCGAUCGCCGUGCCGAUCGGAACCUAUGGACGCGUCGCGCCUCGAAGUGGUCUAGCGUCAAAAUUUAUGAUUGCCACUGGAGCUGGGGUAAUCGAUGCCGAUUACCGUGGCGUCGUCUUCGUCCUGUUGUAUAAUCUAUCAGACAAGGAUUUCCAAGUGGAAGAAGGUGACCGGGUGGCGCAACUCAUUCUCGAGAAAAUCUAUAACCCCGAGGUCCUUGAAGUUGCUGACCUUGACGAAACUCUUCGCGGUGCAAGUGGAUUCGGCUCUACCGGAGGACAUGUUUUAUUGAAAGAACGCGGCUUAUAA